GUGAUGCAUGUCCGCCGGUGUGAUACAUUACAAACCCCGGUCGGGACGUUUGCGUCUGCUCUCAGCACCACCCUGCUUUUUCUCCGCGGAGAACUCCUCGCUUUUCCUGCGACCGCGCGCCUGCAGCGAGCAGCACGUGAGAGUGUCCUUCCCCGCAUUGCUGCCAGCGAGGAAGCCACGAGGAGGAGGAGGAACGACCGCGACUUCUCUAACCCCGCCCUUUCCCCCCCUCCUUGCGUUGCUGCUGUUGCUGCUGCCGCUGCCGGCAAACGCCGCUCAAAGCAGGGUCGCGUCCCGGGGACUCACCACGCGCCUUACGCGAUCAGCUGCCGCCACGGAUCUGCCUUCCCAACUUGACCGCUUUGAGUUCCAGGUACCCUCUCAUUGUGCUGAACCUGAACAUUUCCAGCAGCUGCCCUGACCAGAAAAGUUUGAGUCCUAUUUUGUAUGCAGUAUCGCCAUGUUUUUGGGCUCAAACUACCACAACGGGAAAUGCUUCUGGAAUUAACAAAUGCCCUAAAAGGAGACUUUGCAUCACUUCUGGUGCAAUGUAAUAUUAUGUGCCUUGCAAACAGGCCACAGAGUUUACAACGUUCAAAAUGGGGUAUGGCGAAUUCUUCCACAGACCGGGACAGGACGAGGAGCUUGUCAACUUGAAUGUGGGUGGCUUUAAACAGUCCAUUGGCCAAAGUACAUUGCUCAGAUUUCCCCAUACAAGACUUGGGAAGCUGCUCAAGUGCCAUUCAGAAGAGGCUAUUCUGGAACUGUGCGAUGACUACAGCAUUGCAGAUAAGGAAUAUUACUUUGAUCGGAACCCUUCCUUGUUCCGAUACGUGCUGAAUUUUUAUUACACAGGUAAACUCCAUGUUAUGGAAGAGCUGUGCGUCUUCUCCUUCUGCCAGGAAAUAGAAUACUGGGGGAUCAAUGAACUCUUCCUUGAUUCUUGCUGCAGCAAUAGGUACCAAGAAAGGAAAGAAGAAGGCCCAGAUAAAGAGUGGGAACAGAAAAGCAGUGACGGAAGCCUGGACUCGUCCGAUGAAGAGUCAUCCAUAUUUGAGAAGGAGCUUGAGAAAUUUGAUAAACUGUGGCUUGGGGACUUCCGCAAGAAAAUAUGGAUCAGAAUGGAGAACCCUGCCUAUUGCUUGUCAGCCAAAUUGAUUGCCAUUUCCUCCCUGAGCGUGGUCCUAGCAUCGAUCGUAACCAUGUGUAUCCACAGCAUGCCGGAGUUCCAAAAGCUGGAUGCCAACGAAAGAGAGAUUGAUGACCCUAUUCUGGAAGUGGUGGAGAUCAUAUGCAUCAUCUGGUUCACCUCUGAGCUUGUGAUCAGGUUGGCUGCUGCUCCGAGUCAGAAAAAGUUCUGGAAGAACCCCCUGAACAUUAUUGACUUUGUCUCCAUCGUUCCAUUUUAUGCCACUUUGGCCGUGGACACAAAGGAAGAGGAAAGCGAAGACAUUGAAAACAUGGGGAAGGUGGUUCAGAUUCUACGUUUAAUGAGGAUAUUCCGUAUACUGAAGCUAGCUAGGCACUCUGUUGGGCUGCGGUCUUUGGGCGCCACUUUACGGCACAGCUACCAUGAAGUUGGACUUCUGCUUUUGUUCUUGGCUGUUGGGAUUUCUAUUUUUUCCGUCCUAGUCUACUCCGUGGAGAGAGAUGACGACACAUCAGAGCUGAAGAAUAUCCCAACCUGCUGGUGGUGGGCCACGAUUAGCAUGACCACUGUUGGGUAUGGGGACACCUUCCCAGUCACCCUUGCAGGGAAACUUCUUGGCACAACCUGCAUUAUAUGUGGAAUAUUAGUGGUGGCUCUUCCUAUCACCAUCAUUUUCAACAAGUUUUCCAAAUACUAUCAGAAGCAGAAAGACAUUGAUGUGGACCAGUGCAGCACCAAUCCUAAGGAGAAGACAAAUGAGCUCCCUUAUUUUAAUAUUAGGGAUAUUUAUGCAAAAAGGAUGCACUCCUUUAUUUCUAGCCUUUCUUCAGUAGGAAUUGUAGCCAACGAUCAAGAUUCAACUGACGCCUCCAGUAUCCAAGAUCUUGAUGAUGUUUAUAACACAUCUUUGCAGAAUGAACGUGCAUCUUUAGUCUCUUCGAAGAUCCACCUGUGACUGGACCUGUAAUCUGCUGGUUACCUCUGGCACUAAGCACAGCCAAAUGAAAUCCAUGCACAGUGAAGAGAUGCUUCAGCACCCAACUAAUCAGAAUGGUGAAAGGAGCUCUCUUACACAGCACUAGGGGAGAUAAUCAGAAGCAGUAAGUGGCAAACACGAGGCAGUAUGCUGACAGAAUUUUGCUACAGCUUAUUGUGCAUUUGCUGCUACAGCUUCACACCAAUCCCCAUCCCACUCAAUAAGCCAUACAUACCAUUGAUAGCCUCAUUUUAUACUUUUGGCCAGCAAGAGAAUUUAUAUACAAUCACCUUUCCCAUAUAAUCUAAUUUUCAUGUGUUCUCGUCCGUUCCCUCCCAUUAAUUAACAAAGCAUCGGUCCUUGGGAUUCUGCCUCACUCUGCCAAAUGCUUCCGAUCAUAACUGCCACCACUUCCUUCUGCUGCUCAAUGAUGAUGGUAAUAACAAUGUAUUGUGACAUAUAGCUGAUAUUGUUUGCUGUUCCUUUGCUUGUUGUUUUUUAA